ACAGUUGUUGUAUAGAGAAGCGUGUGUUCGAAAUAUUUUAGUUUAAAACGUUGAAAUUAAGCACCAAAUGUAAUUCCGAUCGGUUUAAAACCGUUCUAGUGCAUUAUGCCCGGUGAGAAUUGUUCGAUUCUUGGUUGUGGGACCUGUAGAAGGUCGAAAGGCAUGGGAAUUUGGAAGCUUCCAAAGCCGAAGGACGAAGCGCACAAGAAAUGGCGCGACGAAUGGCUACAGCAAAUCACUCGAACACGAGAGAUCGAUCAUCAUUUCAAAGAUCUAAUAGAGAAAGAUCGUGUUUACACUUGAGAAAAGCAUUUCAAGCCAGAAGAUAUCGAGAUAUUUCGAAGUGAAAAGAUGACGAAAAAGAAACCACGAUUUGGAGCGAUCCCGACAAUUAAUAUGCCAAGAAAGAGCCACGAGACGCCGAAGCCAUCACCAAGAGUUCCGAUUACUCGUACUUGAAGUCACCAAUGAAUGCACUCAAGGGCCUCAAGGGCCUCAAUCGUACUACAAAAUUCUCACCGAUUUCAAUAGAAGACUUUCCAAUAUCAAAUCUUUGAAUCAUUAGGAAAAGAGGAUUCUUGAAGAAAAAGUUGUACUCAAAAAGAUGGAUGGUCAGUACGUCUUGCCCACGACUGAGAUUAUUGUGGCAGACAGUCUCACCUUUACAGUUAAAGUUUACGGCUGCUAUUUACCCGAGGAUCACCCAAUAUACAUGAAAUACCGUCGCUCUGAGAGAAACAUAACAAUCAGCCGCUUGGUUGAUGAACUUGAAGGCUAUAUUAUUUGUUGUGGUGUAGAGCUAAAUGACUCAGACUGUAGUAAGCUACUGCACCAUGUUAUCCCAACAUGCUCAGAUUCAGGUGAGUCAGACUCGGAACAAUUUCCACACAAAGGAUAUUGGAGGGCUAAAGGCUGCUUGAUUUAUGCCAGUGAUUCAGUCUGUCCUGAAUGUAAAGAGCAUGCUGCUCAGAAGGCAAAGCCAAGACAAAGUGGCACUUUGAAGCCAGCUCAUGUGAAAGCUCCUGUGUCUGUUACAGAUCCAAGAAGAAUUAAGCUCACUCUUCAAGAGCAGAGACUACGCUGCUCAGAGCUUGAACACCAGUUAGAUGAGAUGCGCAAUGAGCUUAAAAAGUCUAGCAUAAACACUGAUCAUGAACUGGGUAAUGAUUUUGCUAAACUCUUCAGUUCAGCUGACAAAGAUGUUGCACCAUUUAUGAACCUCUUUUGGCAACAAAAACAACGAAUGGCUACCUCAAGUAAAUAUGGAGUGCGAUAUCACCCAAUGAUCAUUCGCUUUUGCCUGUCUUUGGCAGCAAAGU